AUGUCUAGGACAGAACUAGAACAGGAGGAUGACAAAGCUACCAUUCCAUUCAGCGGCUCCCUACAUUUCUCUAAUGAUCCUGGUCCCCGCCGUCUCACCAGCUCGCAGAAAAAGGUCAAUCAAUGGCACAGAUGGUCAAAAGACAUCAUUCUGUGCAUGCGCCAUCAGAACGAUGGAGAGUGCAGGACUGGGUGCAGAACUCGUAGUAUCAAGGUUGCAUCUUUCGAAGAAAUCACCAUCUUAACCUGCCCUUGUUUUCCCGCCCCACUUCAGCUUCUUUGUCACGGCCUUUUUCCAUGUGCACCCAUGGCACCCUCUCUGGCAGUAGACUUACAAGUUCUCGAGUUCGUCCGCCUCCUGUUCAUUUGUCAGUCCCCCAACCAAACUGCUUGGUGCAAUGCAUUGGAGACCUUUCUUGAUGGAAUGGGAUACAAGUUGACAUCGAAGAAUAACUUGCGGCGUCGCUUCAGUAAUGCGUUUCACUGGUACUGGGUCUUGACUGUGUUGGCUCGUGAUCACAUCUCUACCCUCAUUACUGAUGCUCAGAAGGAUGGUUCUCGUGUGGACCAGCCUAGUGAGUAUCUUCGUUUGCAGUGCCCACUCUGUUUCGGAGGGAACAAUUGGCCAGAUGUUAUUGUUUGCAUUGACGCGUGCUUCACACAAAAAUGUUCCACAAAUGCCCGUGGUGCUACCAGUAGCGAUCCUCCUAACCUGACAUUGUCCUUCUUUCUACCGAUGGACAAUGUGAAAGCAAUGGAAGAUUUUGUUGAAAGGUGUUGCGGAGAAAAAUGUCAAAAAAGGGCCUCCAGGGUGGAGCCAGACAAAGAUUGCUAUGAAGAGGGCAUGCGUAUACCAGUGUCAGUCUUGAAUGGAUGUGGAGACUCCUUCAUCGCUGCAGAUGAAAAGCGAGAGAAGGCAAGUACUCACUUCUUUACCGAUACAGGCCUGAUGGCCCUCCUUUGUAGACACGAUCGUGUCCUGUGGAUCACGAACCUCACAUCGGCGGGAGAAAAACAACAUUAUGCGCUUGCGCUAUUGGACCGGUUGUUUAAACAUCUCCCUGCUCAGAUGACCAUUGGGCUUCUAUAUGACAUUGGAUGCCAACUCGAAUGGAGCUGUCGCAAGUGGAAAUUCAUGGACAACUCUAUUCUAUCUCGCAUUGCGUUUGCUGUUGCUGUAUUCCAUGCCUAUGGCCACCAGUGGCCUUGUCAGAUCAUCUACCACCCCAGGAAGCGAGAAGGAUUUGGACUGUCUGACGGUGAAGGAUGUGAACGACUGUGGAGUUUCCUCAAGCCCCUCAUCCCCUCCUUGUGUGUUUCUGGGUUUAAUCAGCGGCUUUUCAUCCUCAACACACAAAUUCGUCACCUGGACUCAAAAUCAUUACAAGGGUUUGGACACUGGCUCCAUUGGCGCUGGAUCCACUGUCAAACGAAGAAAAACAGUGCACUGGACAGUUUACAUGACUUGGAGGUGGACAAGCAUAUGCUUCGUGUAGAGUGGAAGGCUCAGGUUGAUCACCAGACGAAACCCGCACCACGACAAUCUAGAAACAAGGCAGCAGAGGUGAUUACUACCAUCCUGGCACUGGAGAAGACCCUAGAAGCUCAGGAGGCUUCUAUCUGCGAGCUCGAGAUGCAGCUCCAUGGUGGCUGUGUCCCUGACAUUGUGCAGUUCGACCUGCAGCUCACAGACACCCGGUCCCGGCGAGCGAAAACAGCUGACACUCUCCGACAUCGUCAAGCUGCACUUGGAACGGAGGACAAGGUCAACCUGGAAAAGAUGAAGAAGGAUAUUUAUCUUACAGUUCGCUUGAAUGCUCUUGCAGUCAAAACUCAUAUUCACGACCAUCUUUGUCAACGCAAGUUCAAAUUGGAGAGACUCAAGAGAUCGUACAGAGCAACAAUCAAUGCCAAGCAUAAGCUUCAUGCCAAUACCCAUCACUCAAUCAAACGGCAAGAACCUAGCAUCCUCAAAUUAGUUUCAACAUACAAUGGUCUGUGUUCUCAACUACGAUCUCUUAUACGGCAGCGUCGAGCACCCCAUUAUGCUGUUCCCCCUCAUAUCAUCCCCCGUGAUGGCAUCUUUCUGCUUGAUGUUGAUGAUGACAUCUGGCAAGAUGUUGGGCUUGAUGAUGAUACUACGAUGCCGCCAGCAUGGCUAUCAGAUGAUGCCGUCAGGAAUGGUAUCCGCUUGCAACUUGAAGUUGAUCGGUGCAUGGAGGAGGAAGCUCGACUGAUGCGGGAGAGGGCUAUCAUUCAAGAAUGGAUGUUGGUGGAGUGGGAGGCCAUACAAGGUGCCUUGAACAUUGCAGUUUUUAGUGACUUUGCAACAGAUGCAGUCAUGUCUUUCCACCUUCGGUCUUGUGCGGAUGAACUUGUUAACAUCUGUGUAGUCUGGAAGAAAAAGGUUCAGUGUAUUCCAUGUGCAUGGUCAGUUGGUGAAAGCUGGGGACCCUCUGAUGAAGCAUUACUUCAAGCUGCUUGUGAUCAGGUGUGGUCAUCUUUUCGGGAUGAGGAUGAUGAUGAUAGUGUGGAAGGAGAGGAAGAGGGUGAUUGCAAGGAAGACAUGGGAUAUGGUGAGAUUGAAGAUGAGGAACUGAUGGAUGCUAUUGAAGACAUUGCAUUAGUGGAUGAGUACAGGUAUGAUCACAGCAAUGAGUUGGUGGAUGACACCAAUGACAUUGAUGAUGACUAUAUGCCUUCUUCCCCUAUUAAAUUAGCACAUAAACAUCACCGCAUAUAG